CACAUUCUCAAAGCUCGACAACUAUUUAUGGCUUAUGCACGUGAGUGGGCUCAACACAAUGGCAUGCAGAUAAGUGAGACCCUACACUCAGUUCAGUAUUGUUUCGUGUGCUCUGCAAUAUGUGCAGCCAAAGAGACUUUUCAAAACAGGCCUGACUUCAAGUCUAGAGGGAUUCCUGAUAAGAUUGAUUUAUUUGGUUAAGAAAUACUUCUCUCUGAACCUCUUUUUCUUUUUUUGCAAAGAUGGUAACACCCAGUAUUAUCAUACCACACGCACUGAAACCUGAAACUCUUUAACAGAUGAAAAUCUGACAUGUGUAAUUAGCGCGGCACAAAGCAGGAGGAGUUGAACCCAAACCUUCAAUUAUACAUUUUUUACAUUCAGACUUAAUUCUCUGACUUGUUAGGAGCCUCGGGAAUGUGAAAGCCAGGUAAAGCUUCACAAAGGAAGGAUUAGCACAACUUGACCUCAGGGGUUCCCUGACAAAGUGCUCUGGAACAAACUUCAGUCCACAGGACACAAACACGGCCCCGGGCCACACCUUAGCGUUACUGGUUCAUAGCAGCGUUUCCCUGUCCUCUCCUGAAACCUUUUCAACAUGGAAUCAAACAAUGGUAAACCUGGCAGGCGGCCUCCUAGACACACAAUGCAAAAGUAUGUCUGAGCUCUGCAAGUGAGAAGUGUCACACUUUACUGCAAGCUCGGGGCAGGAGUCGGGCUGGCCCCGGGCUCACAAGACGUUCUCAUGGGCUUAGAUUUCCGGACGGCUGCGCAGUGUGCUGCGCUUCUGCUAUCCCUGCUGGGAUGGGUUUUGGCCUGCCUUACAAACUACUUGCCCCACUGGAAGACCCUCAACCUGGAACUGAACGAGAUGGAGAACUGGACCAUGGGGCUCUGGACAUCCUGCGUCAUCCAGGAGGAAGUGGGAAGGCAGUGCAAGGCCUUUGACUCCUUCCUGGCUUUGCCAGCCGAACUCCAGAGCUCCAGGAUCUUGAUGUCUCUGUCGAAUGGGCUGGGGCUGCUGGGGCUGCUGGCCUCUGGCUGUGGCCUGGACUGCUCGAGGCUUGGAGAGACACAGAAGGGUCUGAAGAGGAGACUGCUCAUCCUGGGAGGGCUCCUGCUCUGGACUUCGGGCGUGAUGGUCCUGGUUCCUGUCUCCUGGGUGGCCCACAUGACGGUUCAGGAGUUCUGGGAUGAGACCAUGCCUGAGAUUGUGCCCAGGUGGGAGUUUGGGGAGGCCCUCUUCCUGGGCUGGUUUGCUGGUUUCUGCCUUGUGCUAGGGGGGUGUCUGCUGCACUGUGCAGCCUGCUCAAGCCCAGCUCCUCCAGCCUCGGGCCACUAUGCAGUGGCAGGAUUACCAGACUGUCAGCAACUGGAGCUGAAACACGCCAACCCAGAAAUCUAAGCCCGAGGGACCAGUGGCUUCUCCACAGCAGGCGCUUGCUCCAGCUGGACUUGGUAGGCUCUCCUGCUAUAACCACCCCCACUCCCUGUGAUUUUGAUUUUCUGAAAUGCAUUACUUCCUUUCUGUGACUAUUAACUUCUUCCAAUACCAUUUCUUUCUACCACUGAGUAAAGCAUUUCUGUUUUCUCUUUGGAGGCCAAAUGAAUCAGGACCUAUUGAUGUAAUCAGUCAUUAAUGAGCUUGAGCGCUUCAUCAACCUUUAAAAUAGGCUGUGACUGUACACACACAGGGAACAGGAAAUAAAGCAUUCUAUGAGCACGUCUGUAACUCUGACAGGAUCAUUCACGUGGAGAGGAGCCAUGUGGGAAACACAUGUGAUGGCUGAUCAUGUACUUUCAGGUGUCUAAGAUAACUUACGUAACUAAGGUUUCAGUGGAUACUUAAACAACAACACAAAACACCUGCUUGGUCUUUAAGGGACUCAACGGGACACCCCCUUUUCAGAGACCCCAGUGUCUCUAGAGAGUCCUUCCCACAUUACAAACACCCAUGCUUGCCUCUGGGCAGUCACCUUGGGUCCUGGGAAUUCAGGUAGAAUCUGCCACACAAAAGUGCACCUGCCUCUGUGCCCUGUGCUUCGGGGUGGGAUGUCCUGCCUGCUUUGGCUCUGUGGCAGAGGACAGGACUGGUGUGUGUGGGCACAGUGCCCUCUGGGAGGGCUGCCUCCUUUUGAAGAACUCUGCCAGCUCAGGCAGUUUAACUGGGGACCACAUACUCGUCAGUCCCUGUUUUCCUUGGGAAAUGAAAAUACCCCAUCUCAUUUAUCCCUGAUGUACACAGUCUAAACAAGAACUAUUCAUGACAAACUUCUGGCUUGAGGAAUUCUUCAUGGAACAUUUUAUAUUUGCUUGGUACAUGGUUCAAGUAGAUUCUUGUAUUUGUGCCAAUCAGGGAAAUUAACCGAACAAUAAGAAACAUUAAAAUACAGUAUUUGGAAAUAGGUAUCUUUGUUUAAAAAAAAAAAUCAUUGAACUUAUUUUCCAUCCAGAAACACAUGGAAAAUAAGUGCCGCCACGCAAGGUCAUCUGUGCGAUGUAUUUGCACAUUUUUACAAACAGCAGAAGUGAAAACAGAAACAUAUUCAGAAUUGAACCUGAUGAAAUAUUUAGUUCAGUCCUGAGAUUCUCAUAUUUAAUAUAACAUAUAUUCAUAGCAAAAAUUUUAAAUGUAUUUAAUUUGUAUGCUACGGAGACUCAGUUAAACUUUGUUCAUUUGGCAAGUAAUACCCUUCUUGUGCCUGUAACACUUGGGAGUCUGAUCUAUAAAACUGUAAUAACAUACUGAUAAUCCAAAUGUGAGAGCUAAAUAGUAAAUCCUUUUUCUCCUGUGCAGAAUAAAUUCUACCUUUAAAAAUA